GCGGGCCCGCGGCGUCGGGCGGUGCGGAUGUCGGGCUGGGCGGACGAGCGCGGCGGCGAGGGCGACGGGCGCAUCUACGUGGGCAACCUUCCGACCGACGUGCGCGAGAAGGACCUGGAGGAUCUGUUCUACAAGUACGGCCGCAUCCGCGAGAUCGAGCUCAAGAACCGGCACGGCCUCGUGCCCUUCGCCUUCGUGCGCUUCGAGGACCCGCGAGAUGCUGAGGAUGCCAUUUAUGGAAGAAAUGGUUAUGAUUAUGGCCAGUGUCGACUUCGUGUGGAAUUCCCCAGGACUUAUGGAGGUCGGGGUGGGUGGCCCCGUGGUGCAAGGAACGGGCCCCCGACACGACGAUCUGAUUUCCGAGUUCUUGUCUCAGGACUCCCUCCAUCAGGCAGCUGGCAGGACCUGAAAGACCACAUGCGUGAAGCUGGGGACGUCUGUUACGCAGACGUACAAAAGGACGGAAUGGGCAUGGUUGAAUAUCUCAGAAAAGAAGACAUGGAGUACGCCCUGAGGAGACUGGACGACACCAAGUUCCGCUCUCAUGAGGGUGAAACGUCAUACAUUCGCGUCUACCCUGAGAGGAGCACCAGCUAUGGCUACUCACGGUCGAGGUCUGGGUCCAGGGGCCGUGACUCUCCUUACCAAAGCAGGGGCUCGCCACACUACUUCUCUGCCUUCAGGCCUUACUGAGCAAGGCGGUGGGACGUUUCUCUUUAUUUUUUUAGAUGCGCUGAGCUGCUUUGUGCUCAGAAUAUACAUUCCAGAUUGAUAAUCUAGUGUCUUAGGAAAUUCUGUAAUUUCUUCUUCUUUUUUUCUUUUUUAAGGAACUCCAUAUGUUCAGCUAGGGCCACCGUACUAGCAGUGACAUGUUUUAGACUGCAGAAAUAGAAGUUGUGGCUUUGGUUCAGAAACAAGUUGUAUAUUUUUCACCCCUGAUUAUGGGACAAAAAUCAGUGCAGCAGUUAUGACAACUGAGACACCCGUUUUGUUUAGAAAUAUAUUUUAAAUGUUUAGUAACUGG